GACCAGUGGCCUCACUGACAAACUAUUGAUCAGCAUCCGUUUCAAAACCAUUCCUCGCGAAUCCUCCGUCGUCUUUCACAGCCCGAGGAAAAGAUUUAGGAAUGAACAUGAAUGCAAGGGUGAAAAGCAGAGAAGUCAUCAUCCUGCUUUACCUGUGUGGACAGGUGAACUGCUUGUUCGUGCAGAAGCCGGUGGCCAACAGCUUCCUGUCGCGGGCGCGCAGAGCUAACGCGGGUCUGGAGGAGUUGCUAGGCAACGACCUGCAGAGGGAAUGCUUCGAGGAGACGUGCUCCAAGGAAGAGGCCCGGGAGUUUUUCAAAGAUGAUCAAAAAACGGAGGACUUCUGGAAACGGUAUAAAGGUUCCCCAAUGCUGGAAAAUGUUCCAGAGGAGCAUGGUGACCAUACCAAGCUAGCGCUGAACUCCACACUGUCGACAAACACCACAGAGGGAGGGGGCGGACCGACCGUGUCUCCUCCGCUUGAGCAGGCUUUCUCCUGGAGUGAAUGUGACGUGAAGUCCAUCCUCACGUUGGGAAGGCAAAUCCUUGAAAUGCAAGAGCAAGUCAUCGAGUGUCGCCGGAAACUAAUUGAUCACAAAGAGAGACUGGUCAACAAAGUACAGAAUCUCUUACACCAUUCAGCCUGGUCGCAUUGAUCAAACUGAUUCCAUAUUUACACCACUGGGUAAUUAGAAUGCAAAUUACAUCAACAUAUUCAGUUUGGAGUAAACUGAAACAUUAAAAUGUCACCUUUGCUAUUAAAAGCUCAGCACUAUGUAACAUUUUAGUCAAUCAGUCACAUUGGAAUAAUACUUGUCAUACUUGGUGUACAGGACAUAGUUUGUGUCACAGAAAUUAAACGGCAAUCAUAUAUCAUGAAA